GUCACACACACACAACGGGACAAUCGAGAAGACGGAGGUCCGCUACAGCUAACCGUUAACUCCACAUUUUACACCAAAAAAAGCGUAACCAUGGGGAAGGGAUGUAUCACAGCAACCAAGUACUUCCUGUUCCUCUUCAACCUCAUCUUCUUUAUCUUUGGAGUGUUGAUCAUGAGCUUUGGACUGUGGGUCCUUCUGGAUAACCAGAGCUUCAUCACUGUUCUACAGGAGUCCUCCACCACUCUGCAAGUGGCCUCCUAUAUUCUGAUCGCUGUGGGUUCUCUCUCCAUGGUUAUGGGCUUCCUGGGCUGUAUAGGAGCCAUCUACGAGAUACGCUGCCUGCUGGGCCUGUACUUCACCUGCCUCCUGCUCAUCCUCAUCGCCCAGGUUACGGCUGGCGUACUCAUCUACUUCCAGAGAGACAGGGUGAGUUCUACCUCCACCUGUCCCUUCACCUCCUUCUCCCCCCUCCCCCCCUACUUCGUCUACAGUACUUCCAGAGAGACGGG